AUGCGGCUAGACGAUGGCUUUGUUUACUGCUACGGGAAUUUGUACAGCCUGCUGUUCUACUGGGGAUUGAUCACGAUCCGGGUGAGGAGUACGGGUCAAGGAGGAGCAGUUUCAACCAGGUGGACAGUGGGCUAUGCAUUAUUGGCGCGCUUUUUACUGCUCAUCUGCUUCCUGGGCAGCCUGAUGGCGAAGCUGAAGGAUCCGGAGAUGGCAGCGGCCAUGUAUGAGCACCUCAGCCCGCUGGUUAAGGUGAUCUUCACCUGGGAGUGCUUCAGCUGCUGGAUCACCUACUUGGAAUUCUGCCUGUCGCUGGACAGUCAGCGGAGCAGGCACCUGCGACUCCUGGCCAGCAUGCAGCAGUUCGAUCGGUCUGUCGUGGAGGUGUUUCCUCAGGUUAAGUGGAACUACCAACGCUCUCGAUUGAAAUAUUGGUAUGGCACUGUGAUCGUCGGCUUUUGUUUCUUCUCCUUUUCCAUCUCGCUGGUCUUCAAAACGGUGCGUUGCACCUGCGGCAUUCCAUCCACAUUGCUGAUGGCCUUUACCUACACUCUGCUGAUGAGCUCCGUGGGAUUGUUGGGCUUUGUGCACAUCGGCAUCAUGGACUUUCUGCGGGUGCGCCUGCGAUUGGUUCAGCAGCUGCUCCGGCAACUUUAUCAAGGUGAAGGGAGUGGACAAGAGGUUCACGAACGGAUUGCCCACCUGUUCGACCUGUCCAAGCGUUGCUCUUUUCUUCUGACCGAACUGAAUGGAGUGUUUGGGUUUGCAGCCGCCGCUGGCCUCUUCUACGACUUUACCGUCACGACCUGCUUGGUGUACGUCAUUUGCCAGAAGCUGCUGUACAGAGAGUCCUGGGACCUGGAGUACUUGUUCAUGCUGCUUCACGUGGUUAUACACACCUACAAGGUGGUAAUCACCAGCACCUAUGGGUAUUUGCUGCAGCGAGAGAAGCGCAACUGCAUGCACUUGCUGAGCAACUACUCGAGAUACUUUCCGGACCAGGAUGUGGCUCGCCGGCAGACGGAGGACUUCCAGCACUGGCGCAUGCACAAUCGGCAGGCGGCUCUGGUGGGCAGCACAACAACACUCAAUGUUUCCACCAUUUACGUGAUCUACAACGGCAUGGCCAACUAUGUGAUCAUCCUGGUCCAGCUUCUGUUCCAGCAGCAGCAGAUCAAAGAGCUCCAACUGUUAUCGGGCAGGGAUGUUGACGUUUUUGGACCCAUGGGCCCCAUUACUCACAUGGAUUAAACGAA